UAGGUCAAAGACUAAAGGUCACAGUUCACGUGAGACCGGUGUCAGGCGGUAUCAGUACACGUGUGAAAAACAGCUGUGUUUCACAGCUCCUUAAAACUUGGGACCCGAGAGUCUAUAACUUUAUUGUCCUACCAUGGACGCCAUUAGAAACGGCUGGUUCAGUGAGUUGAGUCCGUUGUGGCCCGGCCAGGCCAUGAGUCUGGAAGUGGAAGAAGUGCUCUACCACGGCAGGUCCAAGUACCAAGAUGUGCUCGUCUUCAAAAGUAAGACCUAUGGGAACGUGCUGGUGUUGGAUGGGGUGAUCCAGUGCACGGAGAGAGAUGAGUACUCCUAUCAGGAGAUGAUCGCACACCUGCCACUCAUGAGCCAUCCCAACCCCAAAAAGGUGCUGUUAAUCGGAGGAGGGGAUGGAGGAGUGCUGAGGGAGAUUGCCAAACAUUCCUGUGUGGAGUCUGUGGUGCAGUGUGAGAUAGACGAUAAAGUGAUUGAGGUGUCCAAGAAGUACCUGCCAAAGAUGGCGUGUGGCUACGACAACCCCAAACUGACUGUAAACAUCGGGGAUGGCUUCGACUUCAUGAAGAAGAACAAAGGGUCGUUUGACAUCAUCAUUACAGACUCUUCUGACCCCAUUGGUCCUGCGGAAGCAUUGUUCCAAAAGUCGUACUAUGAGCUGAUGAAGGAAGCGCUGAGGCCUGGUGGGAUUGUCUGCACACAGGGAGAGUGCAUGUGGCUUCACCUGGACCUGAUCCGUGACAUGCAGGAUUUCUGCGGCAGCCUGUACCCCCACGUGGCCUAUAGUUACUGCACCAUUCCAACCUACCCCAGCGGACAGAUAGGCUUUGUGCUCUGCAGUACAAACCCUGACACUAAUUUUAUGGAUCCUGUGAGAAAAUUCACAGAAGAGCAGCUGGAGGAGCUCAACAUCCGGUACUACAAUGCAGAUAUCCACAGAGCAUCCUUUGUUCUUCCUCAGUUUGUUAAGAAGGCACUGAAGGCUCCAAAAACGGAGGCAAAUAAUCAACCUGAAGAGGAUGGCCAGAAUGGAGAAAAAUGAUGACAGCUGAAAACAUAUUUAUUUCAAACUGUAGGAUGCAGAUAUGUCUUCACUUGACUCUACCAGUGUACUGUUGGAGUUACAUGUUAGAAUGUACCUGAGGUAGAGAUUCAAUCUACAAAGUGAAAUGGCAAGAGACUGAGAGUAUGGAUGAGGUGAAUUACACCAACCUUUCUGUCAGAAAUCAAUGUUAAAGGUUUAUUGCAUAACAGUGGAAGCAAUUAUAACAAAUGUGUGAAAAUACCAUUUCACAAUCUCACAAAUUGGUCAAUGUUAACAUUGUUGAUCCUGCCACUUACCCAUGUAGUAAUAGUUAAUUACAUGCAUUAUCUUGUCUAAUUUGUAAAAAUCAUUUUAGAUGGAAUAGUGGAACUAAUAGAUUAAAAAAACAGUGACGCAAAAUCGACUUAUUUUAGCUAAUUAUGAUUAUGAACAAUAGCUUUACAAGAACUAAAAUCCAUCCACAACAGCAGUUGAACUUGAACGUUCUUAGCAAGAAGAGCAUGCUAUUUAUAUUAUUUGUGUUAGGUGAGAUGUUCUUAGAACUACUUCUGUAUUAUCAAAUUCAUGAGUUGCAAUUCAAAGAUGGAGGUUGGUGAUUUCAAGAUACUUGUGUCUGUCAAUCUGUUUCAGCAUUUGUGGAUGUGUCUGGAAUUUUUCCAAGAACACCAACAGAUAUAUUGUAAAAGUUUGUGUAGGUGCCAAAUAUGUACAAUGAAGAAAUGUAAAGCACAGCCUUUAGUUUGUGGUGCAUUAAUUGAGAAUUGUUGUAAUAGUACUGUUGUAAACAGCUAUAAUUGACUUAAGUACAGUUGGCAAGUGAAGUGCAAAAGGAGUCCAUAUUUUCUCAGCUCAGAUAGUUAGCUAGUCAGACCGAUGACUUAGUAGCGAAUAUUGCCAUUCAAUUAUGCAAUCUCAGAUUUCUUAUUAUCAUUAAGCAGAUGGAAGCAUUCCCACCCCAAGACAAUACUGGCUCUGCAGACCUGUGUUUGAUAGAUGUCACUGUUGUACCUAGUUUUCAGGACAAAGUUAAUGUGGAGAUGAUUCUUCAUGUCUUGAAUACAGAAAUAAAGAAAUGUAGAAGUACAGAAACACAAAAA